GUUGUCAUAUCAGGCAGGACCGGUAGGAGCCUGUUCCUGAAGCGCACACACACACACACACACCCUCCCUCUCUCUCUCCCUCUCUCUGUCCCACCGAGACAAAGUCAAAGCAGAAUUCCAGCACAACUCAAGGUGGACAUCCUCCCCCCCCACCCCAACCAGCCCAGCCGAAGAUGAAGGAGACAGUGAGGAGGAGCUGUGACGACUAUGGAGUCUGAGGCGGUGGACAGCUGCAUACAGAGGUCGCUGGCCGCCCUGUACCCUCCCUUCGAGGACACAGCUGCCUCCCUCCUCGGCCAGGUGUUCGACGUGCUGGAGAGGACCUUCGGCCAUGACACCCUGCGCUAUGUCCUCGACUUCUUCAUCCCCGCCAAGCGGCUGCUGGAAGCCGUCCAGCAGCGGGCCUGUGCUCACUACGAUGGUUGCCUCUUCCUGCACCAGGGUUGGCCGCUCUGCCUGGGGGAGCAGCUGGUGCUGCAGCUCUCGGCGCUGGACUGGAGGGCGCUACAGCCGGAGGACUUCUACCUGCAGGUGGCGCCGCUGGCCGCCGGAGGGGGGCGGGACCAGCGCGGGGCCCGCCUUCUGCUCAAGUACCUCGAUGACGACCCCGGCGACGGCGGGGGCGGGGUGAAGGAGCUGACGGUGCCCGAGUCCUCGUACCCGCACCUCUUCACCGUCGAGUGGCUGGAGGGCGUGAACCGGAGCCUGGCGCCCGCCGGCGGCCUGCUGCGCCGCCACCGACUGGACUGCUGCCUGCUGGCCUCGCCCGGGGGCCGUCUGCGCCGCGUGCGCUGGCGACAGCUGGUCUACCCACGCCUGCUGUCAGCCUCCGGUGGGAGGCCCCGCCUCUCGGGGGACGGGGCGGCCUCCGAGCCGGAGGGCGAGGAGCGGGGCGGAUCCGCUAACGGCCAGCCGAGCAAGCGGGGGCCCGGCAGCGGCAGCGACGUGACCCACGGCCCGGAGGCCCGCGCCGCCGACGGAUUGGAGUCGGCUCACCGGGAGGAGGAGGAGGAGGAGGAGCUGGAUCGCCUGCUCGUCCUCCUCGACGAUGGAGGGGAGUACGUGGAGCUUCUGGAAGUUUCUGCCGGGCCUGCAGCGGCGCCGGCAGCCACCGGCGCUGGAUCCCGGGGGCCGUCCCGCCCGCGCGCCCGAACGCUGCCUGCUUCCCUCGGCGCCCGCCGCCGGGGGGCGGCGCAGGCCCGGCACUGGGCUUGGCUCCACCACCACCACCGGCGACGCCACCACCACCAGCAGCGCCGUCGCAGUCGGGUGAGGUGUGCUGGCGCCCCCGAGUGGGACGCGGUGGGGGGAGGGGGGAAGGCCCCGAAGGCGUACGGCUCUCCCACGCCCGCCGGCCAGUGGCUGACCAGCCAUACCAGCCUGGCCCCCGCCGACCAUGGGGAGGACGGCCGAUCCCAAGUGGGCCGCGGCCUUUCGGCCGGGAUGGGCGUCGCCGGCGGCCUGGAUUGGAGGGAAUCCCGGACACGCAUGGAGGGCAGGACCACUCCCCCGCCCGGAUCCUCCCACCCGCUGCCAGGGGGAGGGCCUCCUCCUGCUAGCUCGGUGCUCGGCGGCCUCUCACAGAGGGACCCGCCCACCCUCGGGUCCCCCGAUCGGCUGCCGGGGGCAGGAUGGUCACCUGAUGCUGAUGGCGUGUCCGAGGGCUGGGUACCCGGCUGCUGCAUGUGUGUUGAGGGGAAAUGGCCUGGGACUGAACCGUCAUUGCCUCAUGUGGACAAUGGGACUGAACCGUCAUUGGCUAACGCGGAGACUGGGACUCAACUACCAAUGGCUGAGGCGGAGACUGGGACUGAACCGUCAUUGGCUAACGCGGAGACUGGGACUCAACCGUCAUUGCCUCAUGUGGACAAUGGGACUGAACCGUCAUUGGCCAAGGCGGAGACUGGGACUCAACUGCCAUUGGCUGAGGCGGAGACUGGGACUGAACCGUCAUUGGCUUAUGCGGACAAUGGGACUGAACUGUCAUUGGCUAAGGUGGAGACUGGAACUGAUCAUUCAUUGGCCAAGGCGGAGACUGGAACUGAACCAUCAUUGGCUGAGGCAAAGUCUGGGACUGAACCGACAUUAGCUAAGGUGGCGGCUGGGACUGAACCAUCUUUGGCUAAGGCAGAGACUGGGACUGAACUGUCAUUGGCUAAGGUGGCGACUGGGAGUGAACCUUCAUUGGCUAAUGCAGGGACUCCGACUGAAUCACCAUUAGCUAAGAUGAACACAGGGACUAAUUCAUCAAUGGUUCAGGCAGAGACUGGGACUGAACUCUCGUUGGUUAAGGUGGAGACUAGGACUGAAACGCCAUUGGCUCAGGCGGAGACUGGGACUGAACUGCCAUUUGCUAAGGCGGAGACUGGGACUGAACUGCCAUUGACUAAAGCAGUGAAUGAGACAGAACCAUCAUUGGCUAGAGUGGACACUGGGACUGAACCAUCAUUGGCUAAGGCAGAGACUGCAAUUGAACCAUCGUUGGCUAACGUGGAAACUGGGACUGAACUGUCAUUGGCUAAGGCGGAGACUGGGACUGAACCAUCAUUGGCUAACAUGGACACUGGGACUGAAUUGUCAUUGGCUAAGGCAGAGACUGGGACUGAACCGUCAUUGGCUAAGGCAGAGACUGUGACUGAGCCAUCAUUGGCUAAAGUGGGCACUGGGACUGAACCGUCAGUUUCUAAGGCGGGGUCUGGGGCUGAUUCAUCAUUGGCUAAGCCGAAGACGCGGACUGAGCUGUCUUUGGCUGAACAGAAUGGAUCCAUAAUUGGGACUGAACUGCCAUUGGCUGAACAGGAGAAGUCAGCUGGGAUUGAACUGUCAUUGGCUGGGCGGAAAAAUUCUAUAAUUGGGACUGAGUUGCCAUUGGUUGAGCGGGAAAAAUCGCCUGGGACUGAACCGCCAUCAUUGGUUGAGCAGAAUAGAUCGAUAAUUGGAACUGAACAGUCAUUGGCUGAGCAGGAGAGAUCAAUUACUGGGAUUCAACAACCAUUAGCUAAGCACGAAAUGUCAACAAAUGGGACUGAAUUUUCAUUAGCUGAGGAUUUCACACCAUUAACAGGCGCUGGGCUGUCAUUGGCUGAACAGGGGACGCGACGAACUGAGACGAAACAGUCAGUGGCCAAAAGGAUUUCAGCGGCAACCGCGGCUGAACCAAAAAUGGAUGGAGCUCCCACCGUCGUAAUGGAUCCCUGUCAGGCCUCGGGGCCCCCAGAGAGCUCCGGUGACUGCGCUGCACCUCCUGCUGCUGCGCCCGCAGAGAAAGCUGCCUGGAAGGAGGAGGAGGGUGGAGAUACGCACAGAGGAUACCAGGGAGAGGUGUCGCGAUCAGACGUGGUGACAGAUGGUUCCAGCUCUUGUUCAGCUCGGAGCUCGCCAGACACUGAGGAGGAUGCGGAGGGUUCAUCACCGCCGUCACCGGCUGACCCCUCUCCACCCCCCCCGACGGCCGAUACCUCCCCGCCCCCACCGCCCGACACCUCACCUCAUGUCUCAUCGCUCCAACCACUCUGUGCCCCAUCUCACCAACCAGCCAGUGCCCUGUCUUACCAGCUACCCGAUGCCCCAUCACACCAACCACCCAACGCCCCAUCUCACCAAACACCCAAUGCACCAUCUCACCAACCACCCCAGGCCCCAUCUCACCAACCACCCGAUGCCCCAUCACAUCAACCACCCGAUGCCCCAUCUCACCAACCGCCUGAUGCCCCAUCUCACCAAACAACCCAGGCCCCAUCUCACCAACCACCCAAUGCCCCAUCUCACCAACCACUCAAUGCCCCAUCUCACCAACCACCCAAUGCCCCAUCUCACCAACCACCCCAGGCCCCAUCUCACCAACCACCCCAGGGCACAUCUCACCAACCACCUGAUGCCCCAUCUCACCAACUACCCCAGGCCCCACCUCACCAAUCACCCAAUGCCCCAUCUCACCAACCACCCCAGGCCCCAUCUCACCAACCACCCCAGGGCACAUCUCACCAACCACCUGAUGCCCCAUCUCACCAACUACCCCAGGCCCCACCUCACCAAUCACCCAAUGCCCUAUCUCACCAAUCACCUGAUGUCCCAUCUCACCAACAACCCCAGGGCACAUCUCACCAACCAACCAAUGCCCCAUCUCACCAAACACCCAAUGCCCCAUCUCACCAACCACCCAAUGCCCCAUCUCACCAACCACCCCAGGGCACAUCUCACCAACCACCCAAUGCCCCAUCUCACCAAACACCCAAUGCCCCAUCUCACCAACCACCCAAUGCCCCAUCUCACCAACCACCCCAGGCCCCACCUCACCACUCAUCUGACGCCUCCUCUCUCCGGCCUGUGGGCUUUGGACCGGGGGACGCUCGUGGCAAAGUGCAGAAAGAGCCAAGUUCCCAGGACCAAGCCAUUGGCUGUUAUCCUACCAACUUGCUGAACCUGGAUUUGGACAUUCUUCACUCUGGGGUUCUCUCUCUCCCGGGGAACAGGGACAGAAAUGGCCGAGCCUUGGUUGUCGUGACGACAAAGAGUGCCAUCUGGGAGACUCCCAAGUGUUUGAGCACGGAAGUAGCCAGGAUUCUGAUUUACUACUAUACCAUCUCAAAAAAGGAGACGCAGAACCUGGGCCUUAGGGUCCUGAUAGAUGCUCAUGACUGCUGGCCUGCCGCUGUCCUCUUCAGAGCCUUCCACAUCUUCCUGAAGAUCGUCCACGGCGGGAUUCACUCCGUCCUGAUCCUGGCGGGCAAGGAGCCUUCAGUCGGCGUGGAGGGGCUGGCGGGCCUCCAGGUGGAUAUCCUGACGUCUAUCCGGAGCCUUCACAAACACGUGGAACCCGCCCAGUUGACGCAAUCUUUCUCCGGAUGCUUCCCGUACAGCAACGAGAAGUGGAUUCGCUAUCGGCUGCGUCUGGAGUCCCUGCUCCACGCUUGCAGAGCGAGUGUCGACUUCCUGCGCAGCACAAGCGACCAACUGGAGGCAAAACAAUUGCCCAAAUCUGCCAAGGACGUCUCCGCUCUGAUUGAGGAGGACCGGAUGUUGAUGUGCCGUGUGCUGCGGGACGCCAGGCUGAUUGGCCUUCAGCAGGAAGGGGCCGCCAUCUUGGUGAAGUUGAGGAGGGAGACUGUCAGCAUGGGCGGCUCGGAGGACUUCACGCCUGACAUGGAGCUUACCUGCGCCCUCUACGACCAGGUGGACGAGGAGGUCCACCGCCUGGUACAGGUGUCCAACCGGCGGCAGAAAGACCUGGAGGACCUGGACCACUUCUGGAGGUUUGAGGACCAGUUUCAAGAGGUGAGUCACUGGUUGAAGAACAUGGGGCAGCCACAACUGGACAAGUGUGUGGAAAUGGGAGACUCACUCCCAGCUCUCAGGAAGAAACAGCAGGAGUUUCAAGACUUCAACCACAGGGCACUGGAAUAUUGCCAGAAAGCACAGGGGCUCCUCCGGGACAUGACGCGCUGGGAAGCGGCCGUCUCGCCACAGCUGGGGGCGUGCGCGCAGAGGCUCCGGGGUUACAGGGCACAGCUGGCGGACUUCACCGAACGGGCAGAGCAGUGCCGCCUCACCAUCGACAGGACCAUCCGGCUCCACGAGUUCUUCCAGGCGGCCGACAGUUGGGCAUCGGGAAGCACCGACUCCCUGGCUGGCGUCAGCGUGGAGCGCAGCCUGCCGCCCGGUCAGCGCGAGGCGGCCCUGGCCGCGCUGGACUCCCGCUUCCAGGAGAUGCGGCGGCUGGCCGAGGAGCUGGCGGCCGGGCGCUGGCUGGGCCGGUGGGCGGCCUGCCGGGAGGCCGCCUCGAGGGCCAGCGCUGGGCCUGGCCAGAGGAAGGCGCCCGAGGGGGCGGCUGGCACCCCCCGCCCGGGCCGGGGGAGCCCCUGCCAGCCGUCCGGCGACCCUGCCACGUCCCCCACGCUGAGCGCGGCCUCGCUGGGCAGCAGCAGCGGCCGGCUCUCGGCCCCCUCCCUGGGGUCGCCUGGGCCGGAGGGACCGGCCCGCGCCCCCCUACCCUGGCGCCCCGGCCCCCUGGGCGGGGCCUCCUCACCGCCCCUGGCCCACGCUUCCAGCCCGGACGUCCGCGGCUCUCCCCACACCCCCCCGGCCGGGGGCAGCGCCUUCAGCCGGAGGUCGCUCAGCGAGCCGGGCGGCACGGUUCCCGGCGGCGCCGGCGUCCUGAUCCGGGGCCUGGAGGUCAGCAGCCGCGAGGUGGUGGACCGGACCUGCUCGCCCAGGGAACACGUCAUGCUGGCCAGAGCGGGAGCCGCCGCCCCCCCCAUCGACGCCCCCUGGGGGGGCGCGCCCAGGAUCGGGGUGCAGGCCAAGAGCAGCAAACUCCGACGCACCUUGGCCGAGGCACUGGCGGCAGAGCAGGAGUACGUCGGCUCGCUGGCCCGCGUGGUCGAGGACUACCUCCCGGAGAUGGACCGGCCGGACGCGCCGCAGGACCUGCGCGGCAAGCGGGGCGUCGUCUUCGGCAACCUGGAGAAGCUCCUGGCCUUCCACCGACAGCGCCUCCUGCCGGAGCUGAGGGGCUGCCUGGCGCACCCGCUCCGCCUCGGCGAGUGCUUCCUCCGCCACAAAGAGCAGUUCUCCAUGUACGCCCUCUACGUAAAGAACAAAGCACAAUUGGACGCCCUCCUCGCCAGCCACAGCAACACCUUCUUCGAGAGGAAGCAGCUCUUACUGGGGGACAGGACAGGUCUGGCUGGCCACCUUCAGAAGCCCAUUCAGAGGAUGAGGAGCUACAGCCUCCUGCUGCAGGAGCUGACUGGCCAGUGCGAGGCCGAAGCGACCCGGGAGCUGCUCAGCCUGAGGGCCGCUGUGGACAUGGUCCAGUUCCAGCUUCGCCACGGCAACAACCUCCUCGCAAUGGACGCCAUCCGGGGGUGCGACGUGAACCUGAAGGAGCAAGGCCAGCUGCUCCGCCAGGACAGCUUCACCGUGAGCGCCGGGCGCCGCAAGUCGACACGCCACGUCUUCCUGUUCGAGCAGCUCAUCGUGUUCAGCAAGCUGAAGCGAGCGGACGGGUGUCCCGAGACCUUCAUCUACAAAUCUUCCCUCAAGACGGCGGAUGUGGGGCUGACGGAGAACAUCGGUGACACCGGCCUGCGCUUCGAGCUCUGGUUCCGACGCAGGCAGUCGCACGAGGCCUACGUCUUCCAGGCCGAGUCGGCGGACGUCAAGCAGGCGUGGACACGAGACAUCGCCCAGAUCCUGUGGAGGCAGGCCUCGCGGAAUAAAGAGAUGCGGCUGCGGGAGAUGGUUUCCAUGGGAAUGGGGAGCAAGCUGUUCCUGGACGUGCCGUGCCCCGCCGACCAGACCGCCACCGGCCGCGCCGAGAGCGGCGGAGGAGACGUGAUGUCUGAGUGUGUCCCCCGGACGUCUGGCAGUCCCUGGAUCCCGGUGAAGCGCCGGCUGAGCCGAGGCUCGGAGCGGUCAAGGGCGGGAAUGAUCAUUUUUUUUUACGCGGUUUGCCGGCGACUUCAAGGGCCCAAUGCCCUCCUUUUCCGGACUCUCCCCCCACUCCUGUCCUCUCCAGCGCCACAACCACCACCACCGCCGCCACCCCCGCUUCACCGCCAACCUCCGUGGUGAGGGCAGCAAUCGCCGCCGCCGACUCGGCGGGUGGGGAGAGACUGGCUGGGUUGCCUUAGCCUCCCCACCGCCAACCCUCCGCGACUUCACCGGGGAUGGGGUCCGAGGCUCCACCCGCCCGCCCUUGGAGAACCGGUGACUUGACGCCGGCUGGUUUCUCGGUGACGUUUUCCCCCCAGUUGACGGCCGAACAGGAACGCGAGUCUGGUUAACAGAACGUCGGCGUUUGCCGGUCAAUGUCGGAGCCCCCGAACGGAGACUCUCCACCGGGGGUUGGCGGGGGGGGCGGGGUGUGUGGUGCGGUUGGGUUGAUGGACCUCGCUGGGAUUACCACCCCCUCCCCCCAACCACCGCCCACAGCAGAGCCCACGCUCGGAAGGGGAGCUUCCGUUCCUGCCAAUUGGUGCGUUUAUUUAUUUAUUUUUUGAACCCCACUCCCCCUCAGCCCCCAGGUCCCCUGCCCCCCUCCCCCCCCGAGCAACAAACUCCCCCUCGUGGGACUGCGUGGGCGCGAUAGGCCGAAUGGCCUGGCCCCUUGCUGCGCCGUUGCUUUCCAUUGGUUCUACCCCGCCCACCGGCUUCAGGGGGGUGGAGGGGAUGGGGCAUCUCCCUUCUCCUGGGGACCAUAGUUUACCCCUCAAUCGCCGACGCCCUUUGAAAAGGGGAUGACCAGGUCACGGCGAGCGAGCGGGCUGGCCCGUCUCCAGCACGGAGGUGUAGUCGGGUAAAAUUCACUCCCUCCACCACCCUCAACAUUCACUCCCUCCACCACCCUCAACAUUCACUCCCUCCACCACCCUCAACAUUCACUCCCUCCACCACCUUCAACAUUCACUCCCUCCACCACCUUCAACAUUCACUCCCUCCACCACCUUCGACAUUCAGUCCCUCCACCACCUUCGACAUUCAGUCCCUCCGCCACCUUCGACAUUCACUCCCUCCGCCACCUUCGACAUUCACUCCCUCCGCCACCUUUGACAUUCACUCCCUCCGCCACCUUCGACAUUCACUCCCUCCGCCACCUUCGACAUUCACUCCCUCCCCCACC